UAGUGCAGGAUGCCUCGAUACGACCAAAAAUCAACUGCAGCACGAAGCAGACGUUCAAUUAUAACGUUCAACUGGAGCGAGUAUUGAGGAAGCGCCUCGCGUGUCACGAGCGCCUUGUUUUCACAGGGAAAUCAGGAAUGUUGCUUCCGGUUCCCAGGAGUGCGAGAAACAAAACGGAAGCUCAAUUGGCUCUGAUAGAGCUAGCCACUCUUCUUUGGGGUGAGCUUCUCCUCUCUAAAGCCUGCUUCAGUGUUGUGUUGUAGUGUUGUAGAGGGCUGUGUCUUCGACCCAGUCUUGAUCGACAAUCCUCAGGUUCAAGUAGGAGGCGUUUCUCAGAGUUCUUCAGGGACGCUCCUUUACAUCCGUUCGAAAUAAAGUGUUCAGAAGCUUCACUGGUGCCCUUUUUUUUUUUGGUAAAGAAGAAGGUAAAGGAGGCGAUAUUUCUGCGCAUCCCGUUCGCCUGGAGAUGAAGCUGCAGGCGGUUAUGGAGAACUUGCACAGGCAACAGCGGGCCAGGCUGCUUAUGGAGAUGGAACAGCAACAGCAGCAGAUGGGUUCAUUUCAGAGCUCCUCCCCCACAAGCGAGGAGCUGAAGCUCAGCUCCUCUUCAGACACGGAGCGUGCUCAGAUAGCGGCUCUGGCAGCCAUGAGGGCUGCAGCGGCAGGGCUGCAGAGACGGCCAAUGGCUGACAGUCCUAGAUCAGAGCACAGCACCGCCGAGGAGGAGGAGGAUGAAGUAGACGGAGAGGAGGAGGAGGAGGAGGAAGCAGGAGAGGAGCAUUACAAAGACAUGAUGGGGUCUGACGAGGAGGAGCAAAUAAAGCAGAAGUGGGACGAGGAUGAUUUCGAGGGCGAGAUGGAGGAAGACUACGACGAUGACAUGGCUGAGGAUGGCCUGCAGAUGAGCCGUGAGGCCAUCACCCCAGGUCGAGGCAUCUUGCUGCUGCCUCAUCGUCAGCUCCAUCCUCACUCUCAGUUGCUAAAGGCGCGAUCAGGGCUCGAACCUGAAGCACGGGCCUCAAGUUUUUUAACUCCACCCUCUCAAGGCCAGCAACAUAGCCAGGACCACACUGACUGGACCUAUGAAGAGCAGUUCAGACAGCUUUAUGAACUGGACAGUGAUCCCAAGCGAAAAGAAUUCCUGGAUGAUUUGUUCAGCUUUAUGCAGAAAAGAGGGACUCCAGUGAACCGGAUCCCCAUCAUGGCCAAGCAGGUGCUGGAUCUGUAUAUGCUCUACCAGCUGGUGACGGAGAAGGGUGGCCUGGUGGAGGUAAUCAAUAAAAAGUUAUGGAGGGAGAUCACCAAAGGAUUGAACCUGCCCACCUCAAUCACCAGCGCUGCCUUUACCCUCAGAACACAAUACAUGAAGUACCUUUACCCAUAUGAAUGUGACAAGCGGGGUUUGAGCAACCCCAAUGAGCUUCAGGCUGCCAUAGACAGCAACAGGCGAGAGGGACGGCGCCAGGGUUUCGGCGGAUCUCUUUUCACCUACUCGCCCAAUGGCGCUCCCACCAUGUUCUCCUCCCCUAAAAUCUCUAUGCCUAGCAUUGGAAUGGCUGUUGGCACCAGCGAUACCUCACUUUCCUCUAUUCAAAAGGUCAAGAACGAAGAUGAUGCCAGCCCAUCUGUGACUGCACAGCCCAGCAGACUGCCUGGAGCUCUGGCUGCUCAGUCAGUGGCAGCAGCUCAGGCAGUGGCAGUGCAGGCUGCCAUGGCCGCUCAGGUUGCUGCCCUUGAGCAACUGAGGGACAAGCUGGAAUCCGGCGAGCCACCCGAGAAGAAGAUGGCACUAUCUACAGAGGACCAGCAACGGCUUUUGCAGAGGGCGCUGCAGCAGAACCUGCUUGCUAUGAGCUCCCAGAUGCCCAUGAACAUCCGCAUCAACAGUCAAGAAAGCAGACCGGAUUCUGCCCUGAACCUCACCAUGAAUGGCCUGAAUAGCAUCAGUAUGUCCGUGGAACUCAACGGGGUCGUCUACACUGGUGUGCUUUUUGCUCAAGCUACUGGUCUUAACUCCUCAGGAACAGCCAACAAAACGACUGUAGAGCGCAGUAACUCUCAGCAGCCUCCCUCCUCUCAGACACCUACCUCAUCCAGCUCCACCAACCCAUCACCUUAAAACACCUCACAAACCUCCCCGUCUCGAAGCUAGCUAAUGCCAAAAAUCAACCUCAUUUUCUAGAGCCUAUGCCAAAAAAAAACCCAAGCAGGGAUAACAAGUUUCCAGACCACUUGACGUACACUAUCUCAGGUUCUCACUUUUCUUUUUUUUUACUCUUUUGUUCAGUAGCCAAAAUGAACUAAAAGAUUACAGCAACAAAAGAGUUUAUGGUUAAAACAAACCUAUAAUAUAUAUUACAUACAUACAUACAUACAUACAUACAUACAUAUAUGCAAAACCUGUGAAUAAUUUAUUUCUUUUCUGGGUACAAAAUACUUGGAAUUAGUUGAGGAGUAGAAUUUAGAAAUGGUAGCACACUGUUUACACACUUUACUCAUCUUCUGACUGACAAUGAAGCUUCUUGGGAAACAUUUUUAUGAAUGCAGUUUUAUCACGGAGUGUUAUAAAAACAUAAUGCAAAUAAGGUUCUGAACUAUACAUGUAUGGUGCAUGUAUAUCUAGAGUGCCUUGCCGAACAUCUAUUUAACUUGAGUGUCUCAUUCUUUUUUUCUCCUCUUAAAUCGUUUGGUGACACGAGCCACAAGAGACUCACUAAAACGCCAACAACGAUGAUGAAUGUGUGCAACUUCAUGCCUGUUUUCCGACACCGCACGCUGAGUGCCUGACCACGUGGCAUUUUGAGCAAGAAUGACGGAAAGCUUUUUCCAGUCUUGGGAAAAUUAAAUGCCAGUUGUUUUCAUUGUACAAGGUGCAUCAAGUCACAGGACUUGAGAUGAAAUUUCUCAUGAAUAAAGGUGUGAAACUAAUUGGCAUUUCCAAAAGGCUCUACACACAGUGCGGUAAUGAGACUGUUAGCUAAACACCUGAUUCUUAAAAAUUGACGGAUAACUUGUCGGCAACUUACGGAAAAGACGCGUCUUUCUUUGGGAACUUGUGAACAACACUUGCAUAUUACAGGAACUCGCUUGUCCUGACCUCACUUCAAGUGAUUUCCAUGUUUUAGCCAUUUAAAGGAUUUCUUGGGAGGCUAGUGUUUUAAACUUGAAGCAGGCAGUCCAAUCAUGGCUCUGGCGUAUUGACAAAACUUUCUACCUUGAUGGUAUCCAGACACUAGUGAAACACUGGAAUAAGUGUGUUAGUAUAUCAGGGGAUUACAUAGAAACAUAAAGGUAGUUUUUACUCACGUAACGGUUUUCUUUUAUCCUGGACAAUCAAUAGUCUUGGUUUGACUUGAACCAACAUUGAAGUCAAUGUAUACAAAUCAACAUAUACAUUUCUGUUGAUUUAAACCGGUUUUGAACAGGUUGAUGGAAAACUGCUAAAACAGGAAUUCGUGUUUAAUAAGUGGCCUGGAAAAGCAAAAAAAAAGUUAUCAAUAAUUUGUUAAAUAUAUAAAAUGCAGAUAUUGAUUUAUGAUAUUAAAGAUACACCUGUGGGAAACAUUUGGUGAAAUCUGUUUGGUCCUCUGUAAUUAAUAAUAAUAUAUUUUAAGCAAAACCACAUAUUCAUUGAAUAUAAUAUUCUGUUUCUACAAAAUGUUUAAUAUAGAGACAAGAAAUUUGCCAAAUUUGCAUAUGUAAUAUAUCCAUCGUUAUUACGCUGAUUUGUUGUUAUGCAGAAUUCUAUAUAUUUGCAUAAUUUUCUUAUAAGCACACACCAUAUUGCUCCCCUUUUCUAGAAUGAAAACAUUAUAUUUGAGAACUACACAAGGAAAUGCUUCAGGUUCUUUUGUUUUCCUCCUUAGUCGCACAAUGGAUCUCAAUGGUGGCUCUCAUACCAAUUAGAAUCUGCGGUUCACUGUCAGCAUGUGCAUAAUUAUUUUUCAUUCAGUUCGCCGACAGUAAGACAUCACAGACUUGAACGUUUUUAGGCCCAUAAUGAACAGAACCUUGGUUACAACUAGUCUGUCCGUUAUCACGAAUUGUCAAGUGUGUUAGACAGACUGACAGGAGAUGAUGUGUUGAUCAGAAAACAGUGUGUACACGUUUUCUUCCAGAAUUAUGCAUUAUUCUGAUUAAGUGUUGUCAUUUUUAACUGGACGUUUGGGGACGUUAUCUAAUCAUGAUGCGGUGAUGCUUUUUGUUGUACUAACUUUAGUGUUACACUAUAUUCAGGGUCAGGUCGCUUAUGUUUUAUCUUUUAUUUCAAGUCUGAAAUGGCGUUGCUAGCUUUUUACCACAAUACAAUAGAGACAUUAACAGUUCCUAUAAGUAGCAUUUAAACCUAAACGCACUAAAGCUGGAAAACUUCAACAUUGGAGUGUUAGUUUGCGCAUUUCCGAAAUCUCAGAAAAUGGUUAGUUUUUGGUCUUGAGCUUUAGAAAAAAAAGCUUGAAGAAAUAGUGUCUAAGGCAUAUAGCGUUAUGUUUUUGUUUUGUUUUGUUUUUACUUGUGCUCUGCUCUAUCAUUUCUCUGACUGAGGUGGCAAUAAACAGAUGGUAUGCUGCCUGCCUUCUAAUGGAUAGAGUGCCCUCUAUUGUCAAGUGAUAUCUUUUUUUUUUUUUUUUUACAUCAGAUCUCCUGGUUUCUUGUGUUCAUUUACUUAAGAGCGAAUUACUGAAGAGAGAGUUUUUGUGGACUUAAAACGUUCCCUUUUCGUUGCGUGGGGCGCAUGAGAAAGUCUUGUAUUUUGAGCUUUAAAAUAUUAAAUAAAGCACCAUCACUCUGUACUGGGAUAGUGUUUUGUUAUGUGUGUAGUUAACAUUUUUGGAUCAAGGGUUGAAAGACAAAAAUAAUAUAUAUUAUUUUAGAUCUGCUCCUGUCUUUGACUAUGAAUAGCCAAUGAUGGUCUGACAUGAAAGUGCAUUUAUUGUAAAAAAAAUAUCAUUAUUAUUGAAAAACCUUUGAAAUAUGGAAAAGUACCCAGGUAAUGUAUGAUUGACAAUUGUGACUUCACUGUAUUGUGUAUUGCAAAGACAACCAGAACCGCUCACAGUUAUUAUAGGAUGCCUUAUGCUUUGACAAUUAUUGUUUUUUCUCCCCCCUUUCUUUCCAUUGAAUUAUUGUUACACUAAGUGUGGUGUUGUUUUAACAACUAGACAUUGUCGAAAAUUGAGGUUGAAUUAAAUGACAGUGGAUGUUCAAAAGGAACAACAUUUUUAAAUUGGCCACUUUCUUCUCUGGAAAGCUGAUCUUGAAAAAAGUGCUUUAUCUUCUAAUGGGACGAAAUGCUGGAUCUGUACCAGCUGUGGACGAGUUAUCAACUGUAUUUUCAUACACACAACUUUUAUCUUUUUUUUUUUUUUUGAACCAAGGCAUUUGACAUCAUCUCAGGAAAUACACGUCUACCUCCACAUCUGUAGAUAUUAUCUUCAUUUUUAGGCAUUUUGGUACAUUUAGUACACAAAAAUAUAAUUCUACCUUUUAUAUUGGUGUUACAGAAUGUCACUUGUAUCACUGCUAGAAUAUAUCUGUGUGUGUGUGUGUGUGUGUGUGUGUGUGUGUGUG